CCAAACCUAGUGGUCCUCAUGGUCUGCCACUAAUCACAUUAUUGAUAUCAUUUUUUAUUUCUUUUAUUUCUUUCUAUUCACUUUCUUGUAUCUGUGUACUGCUUUUUUUUCCUGAUCUGGACUUUUCUGUCCGGAGGAACCUUUUAAAACGAUCGACACGAUGUUGGGCUUGGACGUCUGCGAGUUUGGUGGACAGUUUCUUGAACUGCUCUGGCUAACAGUUUGCUACAGAGGCCUCAUGGCAGAUAAAGAGAACACAAUUCCUGUGGGUGAGGAGGAGGAUGAGCAUGAUCUGAAUUACCAGCCUCCUGCUCAGAAGAGCCUGCAGGAGAUCCAAGACCUUGAUAAGGACGAUGAAAGCUUAAACAAGUACAAGCAGACCCUGCUGGGAUCGGGUCCUGUGGUGUUAGAUCCGACUGUCCCUAAUGUUCAGGUGACAAGACUGACCCUGAUGUGUGAUCAAGCACCUGGGCCAAUCACUAUGGAUUUAACUGGUGACCUUGAGGCUUUGAAGAAGCAGAACUUCACCAUGAAAGAAGGCGUGGAUUACAGAGUGAAGAUCCAUUUUAAGGUCAACAGGGAUAUUGUGUCUGGGCUAAAGUACCUGCAUCUGACCUACCGAAAAGGCAUUCGAGUGGAUAAAGCUGUGUACAUGGUGGGCAGCUAUGGGCCAAGGGUGGAGGAGCAUGAGUUCCUCACUCCGGUGGAGGAAGCUCCCAAGGGCAUGAUUGUGCGAGGGACCUACCACAUCAAGUCCUUCUUCACUGAUGACGACAAGACGGAUCACCUGUCCUGGGAAUGGAACCUGCAGAUCAAGAAGGAUUGGGACAGCACCGAGUAAAUGGGCUGCAUCCCAAAUGCACCUGCGCCAUUGCACAGGGCCUACUGCAUGUAGGAAAGGUGUACGGAAAGAGAGUUGGAAAGAGGGGUUUAUAAUUGGCUCUUCUGUAAUUAUAAAAGAGUAAAUUUCAUGCAAAAUACAGUAUUUCUAUAAUUAGGCUCAAGGGAUUGCAAGAAAUUAGGGGAGACAUAUUUGUUACAUGCUGUAUUAACGACAGAAAAAAUUCCUUGUGCCCAUUUGCUCAGGUUAGUUUGUGUGUUUAGAACUGUAAAUGUGUGUAUUAUUAUGUCUUGCGAUGCAUUUAAAAGUUAUUGCCGGAGUUUAGGGCAAAGCCGUGCAUGCCUCAGUGUGAACCGAUUGUGGCUAGAAUUCUGUACUGAUGCUGUAACCAGAUGUUCUUAAAAACCUGCUGGGUGUUUAGCACGGGGGCUUAAGUUGUGCAUUUAGUACUGUUUUAUAACUCAUCAGUAGCCUUAGAGUCUAUCGCUUAUGUCACAGGAGUGGCACCUUUCAGCACAAGGUGGAAAGGGGAAAGAUUUUCUGGCAGUAAGCACAAAGUAUUUGGAUUAGCACAGAAGUCCUAAGUGAUACUUUAAAAACAGUAUUGAAAUGCUGACUUAAGAUAGAGUUGUGCUCAAAAUUUCAUGUUGUAAACAAAUGAACAUUAAACACACGCUCAUCUCAUAGAUGUCCAGCUUUUGAGUCAUGUCUGCCUCUGAGUCAUUCCUUUUUCUUUGCAGCUGCUUUGUUUAGUCUCUCUCUCUCUCUUUUUUUUGCUAUGAUGAUACUAAAAAAUCUAUUCAGUACUGUAAUAAACAUUCAGCCAUCAAGUGUCUUUCUUUAAAUGGUCUUUCGCAUCACUUGAAGUAAAAAGUUAACAUACAUUUGUAAGGUUCAUAGAUGCCAUGGCAGUCUUGGGAUUUUACUGAUUUCUGUAAAUGUUCAACUUUCACUGACUGAAUGCAUAUAAACUUCUGACUUUAAUUGUAUAUGUCCUACAACUGUUAGAAUCUACAGUUGGAACAUGAGUAACCUUAAAAUUUGAGAGAAGCCUCCUAAACUACUUUCCAAAAACUUUUCUAAAUUAAGUAAGCUGUGUUUAUGUAACUAUUUUUCAUAACUGGGUGUAAUCCUGAAUAUAUGUGCACUGCAUGAUGAUUCCCUUGAUUCUUUGUUAGAUUUUUAAUGGUCACCUUUGAGUCACAGUGGCUGUGGCAAAGUCUGGUCUUUAGCUUGUGAAUUCUUAGCUAAAAUAUCAUGAUCAAGAGUUAUCAAAAGUUACUGUACAUCUCUUCAUGCAUUGUGCAUUUUUUAAAUAAAGACAACCAUCAAAA